AUGAUUAGUCAUCCAAAUAAGAAUCCUGAUCCUGAAUCCAAGAAGCUCUUUGUCAAAAUCGCCACUGCUUAUGAGGAUCCACGUGCUGUUCUUGUUGGUCUACUGGUAGUUUUGUCUGCGUUUCAAUAUCUGAACAACGUAGCAAGGUAUAAUGAGGCGUUGGCAACAGUUAAGCGAACUCCUGCUUACAAAAACAGGCUCAAGGCCUUAGAACUCGAACGCACUGGUGGAGUAGCUAGCAAGAAGAAGGGUCCAAAGCAAAUCGACCAGAAACUUCAGCAAGAGCUAAGCAAUGAACUCGACCUACAAAUCAAAGGAGCUGAAAAACCGUCAGUCUGGGAUCUUCUCGGUGUUCGAUUCGUUCUCCUACCUUACACUAUCAUCAAGCUUCUAGUAUGGUACAGCAGUUGGAUGCAUAUAAGUAGGAAGAUCUGGUACAGAGAAGGCUAUGGGAGAAGCAGAACCUUGAGAACUACCAUGCAGAAAUGCUUAAAGAAUUGA